GCGCAUGCAAUUACGGGCAAACCACCGGCGAACGAUGAUGGGAAAGUGACUUCUGGCUUCUCUUGCUCUCUCUCUCUCGCCAUGCGACGCCUGCCACAGGCCAAUCUUCUCUCAUCAUGACCGUCGCUCGCACCAUCAUCGCCUUCACCGUCACCGUGUCGCUCAUUACCUUCAUAGCCUUCUUCGGACGACUACCGGCUUUCAGAAACACGCCCAUAGGCUUCCUCAAUCGCCUCGUCCUCAGUCACAUCCCUUCGGCGUUCCGAAAACUCGACCUCGCCCUUACAAAUGGUCGCAUCACCAACGGUGGCUCCCGUUUGGGCCACUACCUGAUGAAUGACAAGCACCCACUCGUCAUUAUAUUCUUCCUGGGCCUCGUCACUGGAUGCGCUGCCAUGAUCCUGCCCGCGGUGUGGCAUCUCAUUCGGCUGCACCACAAGCUCUUCGCCUUCGUCAUGCUGCCACAACCGUACAUCUUUCUAUACUUGAGCGCAAAGAGGAACGACCAAACGUACAUAAGCACGGCCAAUCAUGCCGAGCAGAUGCGACACUAUCCGUAUGAUAGAGUGCUGUACUACCCUGGAAAUACCUGUCGAACAUGCAAGUUCCUGAAGCCGGCGCGGAGCAAGCAUUGCAGUAUAUGCAAGACGUGCGUGUCUAGAAUGGACCAUCAUUGCGUGUGGGUGAACAAUUGUCUAGGCCGCGGAAAUUACAAGUGGUUCUUGGCUCUCUUGCUGUCAACGAGUAUCCUCCUUGCCUACGGAGCAUAUCUAGCCUACUAUGCCCUUUCCCCGUUGGCUCUCAAGCAGUACCUAAAGUAUGAGGGCUGGUACAUGUACAAACCGAAGACCGGCGUCGAUUCUAAGAGCUGGGGUGCUUACUUUAACCGCAAGGGGCAUAACUUCCUCAUGUACGCGAGCAUCUAUCUGGACGUUGGUGGGAUUCGCGCGUCUGGAGUCGGUCUACUCGCACUUCUAACCUGGCCACUUCCACUGGGCCUACUUGUCUACCACAUCUACCUUAUUUGGGCCGGUAUGACAACAAACGAGAGCUCGAAAUGGGCGGAUUGGCGCGAUGACAUGGCAGACGGCGUUGUUUUUCUCGGUUACAGGCGAGAAGACACAAUGCAGCAUUGCCAUUCACCAGUACCGAACCACGCGUACAUGUACCACUCGGAACAUUCGUCUUCGUCCACAUCUCCCAUCCUAACUCCUCCCGAAAGCUUAUCGGAAGACGAAGAGCCAGUCACCACCUGGCCUCUGGAAAGUAGACACAUUCUCAUCCGAACGCGGACCGGACAACCACCCAAGUCGCUGCCCAGCCGCAUCCGGUCCGUAGCCAAAGAAGACAGCUUUGAGCGCGUGUGGAACCUAGCCGCAGUGGAGAACGUAUACGACUUGGGAUUCUGGGAUAACCUUGUAGAAGUACUAGCCCACUGAUCAUGGCACAUGAAACUAAUACAACCACGAUUUGCAUU